AUGAAACAAACGAUCCUCGAUGCCAAUUUUCCCUUCACGGCCGACCGAAGAACCUAUCAUGUUGCGCUCAAACACGGCGAGGUAGCCAAUCGAAUCCUAACAGUAGGCGAUCAUGUACGGGCUAGAAGGAUUGCCAAGUUCUUAGACCAGAGCCCGAAGGUCUUUGAGCUCACUAGUCAGCGUGGAUUUACUACGUUUACGGGUUGCUACUUGGGCGUACCAGUCUCGAUUGUUGCAAUCGGUAUGGGCUAUCCCAUGAUAGAUUUUUUCGUAAGAGAAGUCCGGGCGGUAGUGACGGGAGACUUAAUAAUCAUUCGUCUGGGUUCCUGUGGCACGCUGGUACCUGAGAUCCCGGUUGGAAGAGUGGUAGUCUGUUCAAGUAGCUUAGCCAUCUGGACGAAUUAUGAUUAUUUUCAACUGUCAGAUCAAGAAAGGGAGAAUUCGAAAGGAACUCCGGCUGGAUCACCGUAUCUGAUGAGCCGGCCGAUUGGGUGUGACCAAACACUGCAUGAUGCAUUAUACGAAAACUUAGAGAAGACUGUCGAUCAAGGGCUUGUCUCAUCGGGUGCAUUGCAUUCAUCUGCAGAUACGUUCUACGCUGGACAGGGGAGAUUGGAUUCCAAUUUUAUGGACCACAACCAUGGCUUAUUAGAUUCUCUCUCGAAACUCAACCCAUCACCGGUAACCCUAGAAAUGGAAACCACGCAUCUGUUCCAUUUAGCUGCGAUCAACCAACAUAAGUCGAACCAACCUGCUGAUGAGCCCAAGUCAGAUCCCAGUAGCUUCUGUCAAGGGAAAGGGCAAAUUCGGGUUGCAGCUGCUCAUAUCACAUUUGCUGGACGAAUCAGCGGUGACUUUAUUGAGCCCAAAGAAGUAGAAAAACUGGAAUUUCAAGCAGGAAAAGGAUGUUUAGAAACUCUGAUCAAUCAGCAGGUUGAUCCGGCUAAUUUACAUCCCGUAGAAGACAGUGUUUGGUCUUGCUAA